AUGCAGCCCCACACCUCCACCCUGCUGGGCUCCAGGAGGCAGUGGUCACUGACAGUGGCCGAUCCUAUCCCAGCAAAACCAGUGCUCCAAGCACUGCAGCAGCUGGAAGGUCUGUUUAGAGAAGCGGAAGCUGUGUCCAGAAAGGAGGCGUUCUACCCACUACAGAUAAACAGUGCUGCCGUGGCAAAGGCACAGCCGAAGGAUUGGCCCCUCAUGGUGCCCACUCUACAGCAGCCCAUUUUGUUGUCCAUCUGUGGCCUUAGGGAGGAACACCAGAAAGUUGCUGAUGUUUUUCUCUCCAGAAAAUCAAGGCUGAAUCACCACACAGCAUACAUUAUGCAGUUUGACAGGAAUUUGGCUUUGCUGGAUGAAACCUGCCUUAAAUAUUCCCAACUGGCUACGGUAAUUCAGGAGUUUGAGCAGAGCUCUGGUGGCAGCCCUCAGAGUGUGAAACACCAGCUUUUGAAAGUGGUGCAGCGUGUCUUCCAGUAUCGUGUGCUGCUUACAGAUUACUUGAAUAAUCUUUGCCCUGAUUCUACAGAGUAUGAAGCCACACAAGCUGCCUUAUUCAUUGUUUCUGAAAUCACUGAUCGAGCCAACGACAGCAUGCUCCAAGCGGAAAAUCUGCAGAAGCUGGUACACAUUGAGCACAGUGUGAGAGGGCAGAGCGGCCUCCUCCAGCCAGGAAGGAUCUUUGUUAAAGAGGGGACGCUGAUGAAAGUCUCUGGCAAAAACAGGCAGCCUCGGCAUUUGUUCUUGAUGAAUGAUGUUCUGCUGUACACAUAUCCCCAGAAGGAUGGCAAAUACCGACUGAAAAACACCUUGGCUGUGUCAGGCAUGAAGGUCAGCUGCCCAGUGACAGAAAAAGCCCCAAACGUCCUGAAGAUUGAAUAUGAUGAAUACUGCCUGACCCUGUCAGCAAGCUCUUGUUCAGAAAGGGAUGACUGGUACAACUGCAUCAGCAGACACAUCCCAGAUGACUACAAAGCUCACAACACUUCCACUUUCCAGAGCAGCGUGGAGCUAAGGGAAAGGCUUGGAAUACCCUUGGGUGAGAAACCUCCUACUUUGGUACCUGUGUCCCAUGUCAUGAUGUGCAUGAACUGUGGCUGUGACUUUACCCUCACUUUGAGGCGACAUCAUUGCCAUGCCUGUGGGAAGAUUGUAUGUCGAAAUUGUUCGAGAAACAAGUACCCUAUGAAGUACCUCAAAGAUCAAGCAGCAAAAGUCUGUGACAGCUGCUAUGUGGAACUUAAGAAAAGAGAGCGACCACUAAGUGUCAGCUUCCCUCCAACUUCAUCCAGGUGUUCAAGCAGUGCCUUCUCCUCUGUCUUCCACAAUAUUCAUUAUUCAUCUUUUAAGAAACAGAAGAAGAUCCCUUCAGCUCUUAUGGAGGUGGCAGCCUCAGGCGAGGGAGCUACCAUCAGUGGUUACCUCAGCAGAUGUAAGAGAGGCAAAAGACACUGGAAGAAACGCUGGUUUGUUAUCAAAGGCAAAGUCCUCUACACCUACGUAGCAAACGAGGACAAAGUUGCCACAGAAAGUUUGCCUUUGUUGGGUUUCACCAUUGCCCCAGAAAAGGAGGAAGGAAGUAUGGAUACAGUUUUCCAUCUCUACCACAAGCAGACUCUCUUUUAUAGCUUCCGAGCAGAGAAUAACAAUUCAGCACAGAGGUGGAUUGAAGCCAUGGAAGAAGCAUCCAUAUUAUAG